AUGUACGAAGGGAUUGACAACCUGAAAUCCCUUUACGACCGUGCCGGGAAGACUUUCUCCGGCGGUCCUUCUGCGGCACAGGAUGUGUCGCGUCGUACUGCUCGACCAGACCCAGUACGUCAACCAUCAGUGGGAGCGGGGCUCCCAAGAAUCCCCAGGACGGGGGAUAGCCGCGCCACCGGACGAGGUAACUCGUCCGACGUCCGUUCACGUCGCGGUGGUUCAACAGCUGCUCAACUAGAUAGCGCUGGCCACCGCGAGAGUCCUCUAAUGGAGGUGGAGGAGGAGGAAAGACGCUCUCCACACGAUCAUGUGGAUCGGUGUGUUCCCGAGAGCUUCUUUGAUCGCGUAACGCAAGGGUUACGCGACGAUCUCGAGCAUGAGCGGAAUAGGCGUCUCCAGAUGGUGGACACUGCCUCGAAGCAUCGAGCUGAGUUUGCCUUUGCUCAGCUUGAGAACGAGAGAUCUCUGACAUCUCUUCGUGACGAGCUAAGGGUAGCUCGUGGGAUUGUUGAUCGGUCUCGGGCUGAGAUAACUGCUCUUCAGACCCUUGUUGAUGCCCACCAUCGGGAGCACAAGGCUCUCUGCGAGAUGCUUGAGCGCAAGGGCGUUCUUCAUCGGAAGAAGCAGCGUACUGAUGGUACGGCUUAA